GGCACAGUCCGCGGGGAGCCGAGCCGAGCCGUGCUGUCCUGCGCUGUCCUGUGUUGUGUCCUGGGUGAUGAGUGCGUGAGAGCCAUAAAGCAGCGUCUGGGGCCGGGAACGCCUGCGACCACUUCCAGGGCAAGAUGCCACAGACACCUCCCUUUGCAGCGAUGUUUGACAGCAGCAGCUACAACAGGAACCUGUAUCAGACAAAAGAAGACAGCUGUGGAGGGCUCUAUUACCAUGACAAUAAUCUCCUGUCGGGGUCUCUGGAAGCUCUGAUCCAGCACUUAGUACCCAAUGUGGAUUACUAUCCCGAUAGGACAUACAUCUUCACCUUCCUUCUCAGCUCCCGCCUCUUCAUGCACCCGUACGAGCUCAUGGCCAAAGUCUGCCACCUCUGCACUGAGCAGCAGAGGCUCAGUGAGCCUGGCCUGGACAAGAACUGGACCCAGAAAAUUGCACCAAAAAUCCUACAGUUGUUGACUGAGUGGACAGAGACUUUUCCUUAUGAUUUCCGAGAUGAGAGAAUGAUGAGGAACCUAAAGGAGCUGGCACAAAGAAUAGCCAGUGGGGAUGAGAUGUACCGGAAGAACGUGCAGCAGCUCCUCCAGACCCUGAUUCGGAAGCUGGCUGCGGUUACCCAGUACGAGGAGGUGCUUGCAAAAAUUGAUGCCACCACAUCCACAGAUCGCCUCAUGCUCCUAAAGACCAAGCCCCAGUCCAUCCAGAGGGACAUAAUCACAGUCUGCAAUGAUCCCUAUGUGUUAGCUCAGCAGCUGACACACAUAGAGCUUGAGAGACUCAAUUAUAUUGGACCAGAAGAAUUUAUCCAGGCUUUUGUGCAGAAGGAUCCUCUGAAUAAUGGCAAGAGCUGCUAUGGAGAUCGAAAGAAGACUCGGAAUCUUGAAGCCUAUGUGGAGUGGUUUAACAGGCUCAGUUACUUGGUUGCAACAGAAAUCUGCAUGCCUGUGAAGAAGAAGUACAGAGCAAGAGUGAUAGAAUAUUUCAUCGAUGUGGCACGGGAAUGUUUUAACAUUGGCAACUUCAAUUCCUUAAUGGCUAUUAUUUCUGGCAUGAACAUGAGUCCUGUGUCUCGAUUAAAGAAAACCUGGGCAAAAGUGAAGACAGCCAAAUUUGAUAUCCUUGAGCAUCAGAUGGACCCUUCCAGCAAUUUUUAUAAUUACCGAACUGCUCUGCGUGGAGCCACUCAGAGGUCCCUGACAGCUCACAGCAACAGGGAGAAGAUCGUGAUACCUUUCUUCAGCCUCCUGAUCAAAGAUAUUUACUUCCUCAAUGAGGGCUGUGCCAAUCGCCUUCCCAAUGGUCACGUCAAUUUUGAGAAAUUUUGGGAAUUGGCAAAACAAGUCAGUGAAUUUAUGACAUGGAAGCAAGUGGAGUGCCCUUUUGAAAGGGAUUGGAAAAUUCUACAGUACUUGCUCUCUGUCCCAGUCUUCAGUGAUGAUGCACUUUACUUGGCUUCCUAUGAAAGUGAAGGUCCUGAGAACCACAUUGAAAAGGACAGAUGGAAGACACUAAGAUCAGCGCUUCUGGGCAGAGUCUAGAGCACGCCAUGUCUGCUGUUGCUGUGUUACGUGGAUUGCCAAAGGCCAUGGCUUGGUUUAUUUUUCUGUGCACUGAGUGGCACUCAGAGUGAUGAAAGAUGUGCAGUCAGUCGCAAUAUUGUGGCAGCAAAGAUGAAAGGAGUUAAUUCAAGAACAAACAGGCAGCUUCUCUCAUCUGACAGAUGAGAUAAAAUCACAGCCCACUCAUCUGGGAUUCAGGCUGAAGUAUUGAUUGAGAAUCCUUUGAAGAUCUCAGAUACUGCCUAUGAAUCAUUUCACACCUGGAUGGAAUAUUCUUUCCUUUCCUUUUGCUGCAGCUUGCUGCUACAAGGACUCACAGGAGGCUACAGAGGGGAAAUGUUCACCAUUCCUUUCAGUGAAACCCAAGUCUGCAUUGGAGGGCUCUCAUUCCUAAUAAGCUGAAUAUAUCCCAGAACUUUGGGAUUGCUAAGAAGGGAAAGGACUGGACACAAAAAUUGGCUGCUGAGGAGAAUUUCUCCCUACCACUGUAAUGGUGGCUGGGAUUUUUCUCUUUUUCCAAUGUGUUUUUGAGUUGGCUGCUGGCAGGCAAACUCAUUAUUAUUUUAAGUUAUUUAAAAAAUAUAAAGUAAUAAAAAUCAAGGCUCUGGUAGUAAACACA